CAUAAACCCUAAUCUAUGAGACAUGAGCUUUAUUUGUUUGCCCAGCUCGUGAGGAAGUGCCGUAAUGCCAGGGAUCUCUUGCAGGGCAAAUGCGUCCACGCGCAAAUCCUCGAGAGUGGGCUCAUCCACGAGCGAUUUCUUGCGAAUCUCCUGGUUGAAAUGUAUGGCAAGUGCGGCAGCGUGGAGGAAUCCAGAGCUGUGUUUGAUGGGAUACAGGAGCCGAAUCUUUUCUCCUGGACAAACAUGCUUGCAGUGUAUGCCCAGAGAGGGGAUUUGCAGAAAGCGAAGGAGAUUUUUGGUAAGAUGCCUGAGAAGGAUCGAGUCGCCUGGAAUGCGAUGAUUCAAGCUUACGCUCGAAGCGGCUGUUUUGGAAAAGCCAAAGAGAUGUUUGAUGUCAUGAGCAAUCGCAAUGUUGUGUCGUGGACGACUGUUCUUGCAGCACUUGCCCAAGAAGGGAAUUUUGAGCUUGCGAAAGACAUGUUCGACAGAAUGCCGCGGCGGGAUUCCGUGUCAUGCAACGCGAUGAUGGAUGCUUGUGUACAAAGCCAAGAUUUUGAAAGAGUUCGAGAGAUGUUUUUUAGUAUGUUGGAGAAGGACAUAGCAUCUUGGACUACAAUCUUAGCAGCAAAUGCCCAAGUAGGCAAUUUUUCUUUUCUGCUCCAGCUAUUUCACAAGAUGCCGCUACACAACGCUGUGGCUUGGACAAUUCUUUUCCUCGCUUAUGCUCACAAUGGCGAUCUUUGCAUGGCCAGAAGAAUCUUCUCUAUGCUUCCGGAAAAGUCUCUUGUGGAGUGGAACGCUCUCAUCCAAGCAUAUGCCCAAAACGGGCAUGCCAAGACCACGCUCGAGCUCUUUAGCUUCAUGGCGAUGGAGGGAAUCGCCCCAAACUCCGUCACCUUUCUCACCCUCCUCGCCGCUUGCAAUCACAUUGGCCUCGUCGAGAUUGGCCGCUGGUACUUCCUCUCGAUGAUCCAAGACCACCACCUCGUCCCCAGUCACCAGCACUUUUGCUGCAUGAUCGAGCUCCUUGGUCGAUCCGGGAGGCUUCGCGAGGCGGAAGAAUUCGCUGCUUCCAUGCCCGCAGUGGAGAUGGCGAUGUCCAGAUCGCUAGUUGGAGCUUGCAACUUAAAUGGCGAGAGUGAUCGUGGAGAACGCAUUGCUAGACGAGCACUGGAGUGUGACCCCGAGAACGCUGCUCCUUAUGUGAUGCUUACCAGCGUCUAUUCCCUGGAAGAUGGUGAGAACUUCUCUUUGUAAAAUUAAUCGAUCACUUCUUGUUG